AUGAAGCACAUUUUCAAGAAGUUACACCUAGGAAGCAACCACGAGUCAUCGCCAAAUCGAACAACAAUUAACGAAACAGCCACGAGCGCAUCAACACCACCACCGCCACCAUCAUGUUCCUCCGAUCAAAACGCCGCCGCCUCCGGAAAUUCACCGGCGAGUCCUCCAUCAACAUCUCCUUCACCGGCGGCGACAGUGCAACCGUCGGCGAUUAGUAAUCGGACGGAUUACUUUACGUCGGAGGAGGAGUUUCAGGUGCAAUUAGCGUUGGCGAUUAGCGCGUCGAAUUCGGAGUUUAGAGAUGAUAAGGAAAAGGAUCAGAUCCGUGCAGCGACGUUGUUGAGUUUAGGAGGAGUGAAUAAUCGAAUUGAUGCCGAUAGAGAGAAAGGAGAGGAAAAAGUAGAGGAUUUGUCGAGGUAUUAUUGGAGGAGCAAUGCUGCUGUUUGCAAUACUCUUGUUAUACAUGAUGCAGUUGAGGAAGGGUGUGUAGUUGGAUUGCUUCACCAGGAAUAUAAUGUGCUUGAUUAUGGGGAGAAAGUGAUGGAUGGUUUCUAUGAUGUGUUCUGCACAAGUUCAGCAGUCCAAGGAAAAAUGCCAUCCCUCACGGAUCUGGAAACAAACGCUAGCAGUUCUGGUUUUGAAGCAGUAAUGGUUAAUCGAAAAAUUGAUCCUGCCUUGGAAGAGCUGAUGCAAAUUGUACAAUGUAUUGCAUUAGAUUGCCCUGCUACCAGUGUUGAUAUUUUGGUACAGCAGCUGGCUGAACUUGUUACAGCACACAUGGGUGGGCCAGUAAAGGAUGCCAAUGUGAUAUUAGCAAAGUGGAUGGAGAGAAGCACAGAGUUAAGAACUUCUCUUCACACAAGUGCAUUGCCUAUUGGGUCCAUAAAUAUUGGUCUGUCUCGACAUCGUGCUUUGCUUUUCAAGGUGUUGGCUGAUACCAUAAAGUUACCAUGUCGACUGGUGAAAGGUAGUCAUUACACUGGCAUUGAGGAUGAUGCUGUCAACAUAAUAAAGUUGGAGGAUGAAAGGUUGUGGCUUGUCCUUGCUGUGGAGUUUGGCUCCCUUGUGACUGCAUAA